AUCUUCACUAAAGCCGAAAAAUAGACUAUCGAUGACUGGAAGCGCGUUGUUUGGUCAGACGAGACCAAGGUCAACGUCUGGGAUUCCGAUGGCGUCAAGUACUGUUGGUCACGUCCUGGCGACCUUUUGAAACCCCAUCGUUUUGAUCUCUUCGUCAGACAUGACAAAUGUAGAAUGAUGAUAUGGGAGCACCUCACCUAUGAAUGACUCGGUUAUGGCUGCCAUAUUUUCGAUGGCACCAUGAAGAGGGAGGACUAUGUCCAUAUCUCGGCAGACUACUUUGCAGUGGGCUUUCCCCCUACUCCAGUCUUGCUUGGCUCCUACUGGACCAGGAAAAGUCUAUGGCCGCAUCCACCCUGUGUAUUCGAAGGCACAUUGCUACAUUUCGGGUUUCCUCCAACCUGGUCACCUGCCAUUGUGGCCCUUUUUUUCAAGGCGGCUAUUGCGCUUAACAUACAACGCCCACUUGGCAGGCCCCCAUACCACUCCAGUCUUGCCUUCUUAUGCUCUGCCGAUGGGGAAGCCAUGUCAGAAGUCGGGUCAGCUACGUAAACAAAUGUAUCACCUUCGAUUUGGCUUUUCCCUGACCCGAUUUGUGUGUUAUGCUGGGGUGCGACGGCCCAGGUGUACCGGGCCUAUAACGAUGAAGGCCAGAUGUUUACGGUAAUUAGUUGUACCAAACUACCGCAUAAAUCUGAUGAAGGAAUUCCCAACGGCACAUCACUCCCGUUGUCACACCGAAUGGAGGAUGGGUCACGCUCAGACGUUGUCUAUGUCCCCCGACUUCCCAUCAACAAUUCCUUGCCGCCUCUCCUGAUU